AUGGCCUUCGAACACCAUGUACUUCUUCCGUUGAUCAUCUUCUCCUGUAUCCAAACGCUGCAUGGAGAUGCUGUUCCCAUAACACCUUGGGAUCUGAAGAGAUCGCCCUGUCGUGAGGGCGUUGAGCUUAAGACAGCCGAUUGUGAUGACAGAAAUUUGGAUUCUGUCCCUCAAAGUCUUCCUGAAGACACUGAAGGUUUGAGCAUAAUGAACAAUAUUCUAUCAUCUCUCUUAAACUCUUCGUUUGAAAGAUACCCGCUUCUCACCCACUUGAACAUUGCCGGGAACGACAUUAGGAUGAUUGAAUCUAGGACCUUUUACCCUCUCAAAGAAAUGCAGGAUCUCAAUUUGUCUUUCAACCGUCAUCUUGUGCUUCCUGACACAGGGCUCUUCAGAAAGACCGGGCUUAUCGGGUUAAAUCUUUGGCGUUCAAAUAUCUCUCUUUUCGAUGGACUGGUUAGUCUGACGACUUUGGAUCUGAGUGAAAAUUCUUUCGACCUGUCGAUACUUCGUCAUGUAGAUGCUAUACCACCGUGGGUGUUUAAACCACUAACUGCUCUACAAAAUCUCAGUUUGGAAGACUGUCAAAUUUCAUUGCUUCAUCCAUUAGCUUUUGAGGCGUUAAAAUCCCUUCGGGUGCUGAACUUAGGGGGAAACAAAAUAAAGCAACUUCCUACUGACAUAUUCAAACAUUUAGGACAAACGACAAACAUUGAUCUCCAUAAUAACUGGUUGGCAAACCUCGACAAAAAUCUGUUUUUGAACAAUUGCAGGCUGACAACACUUUUGUUAUCAGACAACAAAUUAACAAGACUCAACCAAAGUACUUUCAAACUGAUUGGGCCUUCUCUUACAUCUGUCGAUCUUUCAAGGAACCCAAUUGACUGCAACUGUGAAUUAAGUUGGCUUCUCGACUGGAUUGGCGCACCACUUGUACUCAUGAACAAGAAUCAAACUAUUUGUUCGUCAGCAUCUUUAGAGCCUCUUCGCGAGAAACCGCUGUUUGAUUUUGACUCCAAGAAGCUUUGUAGCCCUAAUAUUGCCCUCUAUUCUUUGACUUCCCUCGCCACCAUGUCCUUCGUUGUCAUCGUCGUACUCGUAUUUCACUAUCGAUGGCAGUUGAGGUACAAACUCUUUCUCUUGAAAUUAGCAGCCGUUGGGUAUAACGAGAUGCGAGACGCUCGAGACCCCAAUGAUUAUGAGUUCGACAUGAAUAUCAUCUUCUACGACGAUGACGAAGAGUGGGCUGGCGAACGUCUCCUACCAACUCUCGAAGAAAGACUCCCGCAGUUUCAGAGGAACGUCUUUGGUGACAAAGACCUCGUGGUGGGUAUGCAUUACUUGGAUUCGAUUGACUACGUGGUGAGCCGGAGUUAUAAGACCGUCAUUCUACUAAGCAGAGCCGCCGUGCGCGAUCGCUGGUUCAUGCUCAAGUUCCGCACCGCGAUGGACCACGUGAGUGAUACUCAGACCGAGUUCGUAGUCGCGGUCUUCAUCGAAGACAUCCCAGAUGAUGAGAUACCGUUCUUGGCGAGGUUGUAUCUCAGUGACGGCAGACCCUACCUCCAUUGGACUGAGGACGUGAGGGGACAGGAAAAUUUCUUUGAUGAAUUGACGAAAUAUCUUACGAUUAAUCUCAGAACCAAUGACUUGAUCCCUAACGAGUAGAAGAAUGUGACAAUAUGAUUAUGUGGCCGUCGAU